AUCAAAGACCUUUACUAUAAAAACGCUACAUCUUGCUUUGCGCGUCUCUUUCUUUUCACCCGAGCCGACGAACGAACGAACGAACGAACGAACUCAAAGCUUUUGCAGACAGAUCUUCGUUUGAUCACCGGCGCAAUCGCAACAAUGGCGGAGAAGGCAGUCACGAUCCGAACCCGUAAAUUCAUGACCAACAGACUUCUCUCAAGGAAGCAGUUCGUUAUUGAUGUUCUUCACCCUGGAAGAGCCAAUGUUUCAAAGGCUGAGCUGAAGGAGAAGCUAGCAAGGAUGUACGAGGUCAAGGACCCAAAUGCCAUCUUUGUUUUCAAAUUCAGAACCCACUUUGGAGGUGGUAAAUCUUCAGGGUUUGGUUUGAUCUAUGACAAUGUCGAGAGCGCUAAGAAGUUCGAACCCAAGUACAGACUUAUCAGGAAUGGUCUUGACACCAAGAUCGAGAAAUCAAGGAAACAAAUUAAGGAAAGGAAGAACCGCGCCAAGAAGAUCCGUGGUGUUAAGAAGACCAAGGCUGGGGAUCCCAAGAAAGAAGUGAGAGAUCACAAGACAGCAUCAACCAUUUUCUGUUUUUCGUAAUCAACUUUUAUGUUAUCUUAAAGUUCUUUGUUUGUUGUUAGAUAUUUUCUGCAACUUGACAUUUAAACUUACUCGGAAGGUUUUGUUCAAUACUAGCUCUUCUCACCG